UCCGAAAAAUAAAAUAAAUACUAAAUACGGUGUCGGUACGGCAUUCAGUAAAAUAUACUUACAGAAAUCUGAAGGCAUAAUUAAUUAAUACUUACUAUAAACAAUGAUCUCUAAGAGAAAGUGUAACUGCUACUUAAUUCUUCUCCUAAUCAUAGGUCAAAUAGGUCUCGCUACACAGUACGAUGUUGAGCAGGAAGAGGGAGUUCAAUUGCAAAAAGACGAGCCAGUGGUCACUGAGCCUAUAGUCUUUCAAGUCGUCACGAACAAAACACUGCUUGAACAAAACGGGACGAUGGGGAAUAAAACCCAGGGUGCCAACGAAACCCGAAAGUACGUAAACUGUCAAGAAAUUGUAUACGAAAGUGAAGAAGAGGUGCCAACAGUUGAAAUCAUUAAUGGAACACAUCUUGCUAAACUCUUGCAAGUAAAGCCAGACAUUAAUAGUCCGACUGUGAAAGCUGAAUGUAUGCUCGUGUUUUUCUACACAAAGUCUUGUCCAUUUAGUGCACAAGCUGCACCACAUUUCAAUGCACUGGCUCGGUCUUAUCCCAACAUCAAAAUGGUUGGUUUAGAUGCCUUAAAGUAUAGCGGAAUCAAUGCUCAGUAUGGAAUAGUAGGUGUCCCAACUCUCAGACUAUUCCACAAUGGCCGUCCUGUUGCAAAGUUUAAUGGAACAGAGUAUAAUGUUCAUUUGUUCAGUAAAUUUUUGAAUACAUUCACAGGCCAGGAGCCGCAGGGCAUUCUUGUUACUUCCAAAGACUUUGAAGGGCCUCUGUCCAGUGUGGUUGUGGUCAAAACAGAUUAUCUGUUAAUUUUGUCAUGGCUCUUUAUUAUUGUGUGCUCCAUUUACUACUUUAUGCAGUCAAAAUGGUGGGAUAUGAUUGUGGAAAUGAUACAGAACAACUGGAGAGAGUCUGAAGCUCAGCAUGAACAUAACGAUUAGGCUAAAGCAGUGGUGUAUAUUUUACUUUAAUAAAUGUUUUGUUAUUUAUUUA